GUGACGCGGGUGCGCGGGGCCAUUCUUGGCGGGCGAUGGAGGCGCUGGCCGGAGUGUUGUCUGCCAUCCCGCCCGGCUCCGCCGCCCUCACCGCCACCGCGGCCGGCGGCAUCGGCCUCUGCGCCACCGGAGCGCUGCUCUACAGAGCCGUCACCAGGAAGAAGCCAACCCACGUGAAGGUGAACUGCUGGUUCUGUAGCCAGGAUACAACUGUACCAUAUGGGAACAGGAACUGCUGGGAUUGUCUCAACUGUGAGCAGUACAAUGGCUUCCAAGAGAAUGGUGAUUACAAUAAGCCAAUCCCUGCUCAGUAUAUGGAGCAUUUGAAUCACAUGGUGACCAGCUGGGCAACUCCUUCUGAAGCCUCCAAACUGCAGCAAUGGCCAAAUGGACAAAUCCUCUUCUGUAAGAAAUGCAACAACAACCAGCCUCUCAAAAUCAAGCAGUUGGCUUCCUUUGUGCCCAGAGAUGAGGAUAAGUAUGAAGAGGAAAUAGAGGUAUAUAAACACCAUCUGGAACAGACUUACAAGCUGUGCCGUCCUUGCCAAGCAGCGGCGGAAUAUUAUAUCAAACACCAAGACCGGCAGAUUCGCGCAAUUCUCUUUGACCAUCAGCUUCGUCGAAGAGAAGCUGACAAAACCUUUGUGCAGAGUUCCCAUUAUUCCAGCCAUUCUACUCCAUUCAGAGUGUUGUUCCUUCGUUUUGUGGCCUUUGCCUGUUGUGCUGUCUUGGUUGCCAUGGCGAUUUAUGGAUCAGAUGCUUCACAUAAAGUCUCAAACACCGCUACUGAAAUGCCUGCACCUGAUCAGCUACCACGUCCGUCCAAUAGCAGCAACCGAACCAAUUCUCCAGAGCACGAUGCCGUCCUGAAUGUCCCCGCCUGGCAAGAGCUGCUGGAGAUGGUGCCAGAGGAAAUGGUGAUCAACCUGCAAGCUGCAUGGGACUACGGGAAGAACAACCAAAUGGUCGUUGUUACCACUGGAUUCGUUGCUUGCCUAUUGGCUGUACUUCUGGCUGGACGUACAAGGCUGCGGAGAAUUGAUGCAGUGGCUUCCAUUCUCUGGCUGGUGGUGAUCAGUGUGUAUUUGGUGGAGAAUUACCUGCAGACCGAUGUUCCUGGCUGGCUUGACACUUUGAAAUUCAGUACCACCUCCCUGUGUUGCGUAGUGGGAUUCACUGCAACCGUCGCUACCCGGAAGUCAACUGCUCAUCGGCAAUACAGGGCACGAAGGUACCGGUCUGGUGAAUCGAUCAACUCCUUCUGUGGUGAUGGUGCACUCUCAUCGCGCACUUCCACGCCAGUCUCCAUGUUCAUCCCUGUACCUCCCAGUAUUCCUCAACUAGCAAGGCAGCAACUCUACAAAACCGCCAGACGUAACUCCCCUGGCUCGCUCCCCGGUCGUCUGAACCGAGCACUGUCCCUGGGCACCAUCCCACCUCUCACCCGGACAGAUUCGGGCUACUUGUUCAGCGGAAGUCGACCACCAUCACAAGCAGCGGCCUUCAAGGAUUCGCCUCCUUCAGAUUAUUUCUCCCUGAAGUCUGGAAGCCGACCUUCAUCUCCCUCGAUGUCUCCAGCUCCGUCACUAGCAGGGUCAGUGACAUCCAGUUCUGGCUCCUGGUAUCUCAGACGCCCCCUCAUCAGCCCAGCCCGGCUCAACCUCACAGGACAACGACUCAAGUUGUUCGCAGAGCAUCACGCAGUCGACCAAAGCCCGAUAAAGUCGACUCGUAAAGCCCGUCCCACUCCAAACCCAUCACAGGAUGCCAACGUGGGCAGUAGCAAUCUGGUGCAGGAUUCUUCUCACAGUCAUGAAGCCAAGUCUGUGGAAGGUGGCAGCAUGUACAGUGAGGCAACUGACCAGAGGAAGGACAGCUCUUCGAGAUCUUCCGCGUGCAUGGUGGAUACCACAACCAAUGUGGUCAGCCAUCAGGAGACGGACGGUGGCGGAGGAUGGAAAGGGUUUUGCGGAAACAUCCUGUGGAAGACUCUUCUGGGAUUAAGCCUGACAGCAAACGUGGUCUUUGUAUCUGUCUACAUCUAUCAAAGCCUGUACUGAUCAGUGGGAAAAAAAAACUCAAGCACAAAUUCGGAAGAAAUUGUCAAGAGGUUUCACAAUGCAAUGGACCGCUCCCAGACGCUGCUCCAUACUGCAGGCGAACACUGCAUUUGCGAGUCCGCCAUCUCAUCGCCCACGUUAGUAGGUGCAGACAGGUUAGAGAAAAGAUGAGAGGGGGAGACUCAGGCUCUUUGGUCCUCCACGGUGACUGGGGUCAUUGUAGAGACUAAAAGUAUUAACGCGGCUUACUACUGCAGCAAGUCGACAAAAAGAAAUGCGGCCUGCCUAUUUGUGACAGUUAAAUUGAGCUUUUUAUUAUAUGUAUUUUAAGGCUGCUGCAGUCAAAUUUAGCUUCAAGAUUCAUAGAAGACAAUUUUCAAUCAGUGUACUUAUAUUUUGUUACGUUGCUGUUCAUACCUUUGGUUGGCAAAAUGGACUUAACAUCGAAGAAUUGUUCAACAUUCACUAAUUGGGGAAGAAAUUAUCUGUGGUGGUAGCACUGGGUAGAAUUUAGGGGAAUCUAACAUGUCCAGAUUGUAUCUAUUAAUAGACUUUCUCAACUAUU